AUGUUUUUAAAUCAUGUGAAUAAUAACGUAAUUAUUUUUAUUUUCGUUUGUAUAUUUUUUCUAAAUAUUGGUAUCAUAAAUGCAAACUAUAAGAUAAUUAAUAGCUUAGAAUUUUUAUAUAAUAAAAGACCAGCAGAAUUAUUGAAUGAAAAAUGGAAACCCCAAUUAAAAUGUAGAAGAAUAAAAAGAUACAUUUACAAUUGCAAUACAAGAAAAUUUGAAAAAUUAACUCUUUUUUUUUUAACAAAUAAGGCAUUUAAACAUAUAUACGCAAAAAAAAAGUUCUCUCUUUUUAAAAAAAAUAAAGGAAAAAGUGAAAAAUCAAAUGUAAAAAAAAAAGAAAAAAAAAAAUUUACCGAAGAAGAAAUAGAAGAAUUGAAAAAAAAAGCUAAAGAAAAGUUACAGCCAAAAAAAGCAAAGGAAAAAGCAAAAAAGGAUUUAUUGGAAGAAAAAAAAACAAAAAAAAAAAAUUCAGAAAAAGAAAAAAAUGAAACAGAUAAACUAAAGGAUAAUUCAAAGGAUACAAAAGAGAAAGCAGAGGAUUUUAUAAAAACGAAAGAAGAUUUUGAUAAAAUAGUUGAUUUAACAAAGGAUUUAAUAAAUCCAAAAGAAGUAGAAUAUAUCAAUAAAAUUAGUGAUUGCGAUGAAGAAUUAUUAAAAUAUGAUAAAAGAGAAAAAUAUAUUCAUUUAAAUUAUGAAGAUACCUUAUUUGAUGAAGGAAAUUAUAUGGAUAACUAUGUAAAUAAUAUAAGCAAAUUUCGUUUUGAUAUUUACAAUUUACAUAAUAAAAAUGAAUUUGAUAGAAUAACAAAAUAUUUAAACUACCAGUACAUAGAAGAAAUACAUGUAGACUUUCCUUCAGAGAAAAGCUAUAAUGUUGAAUUAAAAAAAUAUUUUUACGAAAUUGUAUGCGAUUUAAUUAAUAAACAUAAAGAAAAAUUUGAAAAUUAUGUAGAUGAGAAAAAAAUAGAAUACGAAGAAUCAAAUGAAAAUAUUCCAGUGGUUAUUCAAAAAAGUAAUCCAAAUUACUUGAAUCAUGAAGUAGAAAAUAACAAAACUGUAAGUAAUUUUUUUAAUGAAAAUCUAAAUAAAGAAAAAAAAAUGUCUACUUUAGAUAAAAUAGAAAAUAUGGAGAUUCAUCAAACGGAAAAAAAUAUAAUAGAAAAGUUUAUGACUUUUGAUUUGUAUAAUUUAUUAUGUGAAAUUAAAGAAGAGUAUGAUUAUAUGUUAGAAAAUGGAGGAAUAGCUCGCUUUUCUUUUGAUGAAAAUAGAAAAAAAAAUAAAGAAAAACUUAUUUUUUCUGGAAAGAAGAAAAGGGCAGUUGCAAUGGUUUUCUUACAACAAGGAAAUAAUCAUUUAAUAAUUAAUAAUAGAGAUGGUUAUCAAUAUUUACAAUAUCAAAUUUUUAAUUUAAACAAAAUAUUUAGUCCUUUAUUGCAUUUGUGUAUGAAUAGAUAUUUUAAUGUAGUUGCAAAAGUAGAGGGAGGGGGGUUGUCAGGACAAAGUGUAGCAAUUUUUCAUGCACUAGUUAAAUAUAUUACUUAUAAUUUCUCCUUAAAAAUCAAACCAUUCUUUCGAUCAUUAAAUUUUAUGACAGUUGAUAGCAGAAAAGUUGAAAGAAAAAAAUACGGUCUUAAGAAGGCUAGAAAAAAAAAACAAUACAGCAAGAGAUAA